AUGUUUCUCAAAAUUGCUGUGCAAAUCCAUCUACACUGGGCCCAGCUCAUGUUUGCCUGUCAGAUCCCUUCUAGCUUAUUUCAAUACCAAUACUCUCAAAUAAGCUGCAAUAUUGUUCCCUGUACCAAUUUAAACCAUCAAAAUAAUAAACUUGGUAUUGAUGCAGACAAUUGCCAACUAAAGAUAUUUAUAAGACCCUUGUCUGGAACUCGUGUCAAAGUUAGACAUAAAGACAAUCAAUAUUUAUCCCUAUGGGCAUUAUAUGUUCCAUAUAUGGUUGAAAGAAAAGUAGAUCCACGAACCAGUGAGUCCAAGGGAAUUACAGCACUACGUAUUGACCAUGCAUUUUUCCCACUGGGUUUCUUUGGUGAAGUCCAAGACCUUCAAGGAAGGAUAUCAACAAUGGCUAUCUGCACGUUUUUCCUUUACGAAGCCUUUUUGGGAGCGGUUUUCGCACCAUCCAAAAAAUGA